GCCGAAACACGGGUGGGAAAAAAUAACGCAGCUCUGGGUGAUGGUGAAGAUGGCGGAUGGGGAUAGUGGGAGUGAGCGCGGUGGAAGCAGCGGUGGUGGUGGUGGUGGAGGAGGGGUUGGAGGUAGCGGUUUUCAGCCUUUCCAGAGGGAUCAGGAAACCCAGGAGCUGGCGUCCAAGCGGCUGGACAUCCAAAAUAAACGCUUCUACUUGGACGUGAAGCAAAACUCGAAGGGCAGGUUCAUCAAGAUCGCCGAGGUUGGCGCUGGGGGCUCCAAAAGUCGCUUGACACUUUCCAUGUCAGUGGCGGCGGAGUUUCGGGACUACCUGGGGGAUUUCAUUGAGCACUACGCCCAGCUUGGACCCAGCACCCCGGAGCAGAUCGCGCAGUCCUCGAGCGGAGAGGACGGCGGGCCUAGACGGGCCCUGAAGAGCGAGUUCUUAGUGCGCGAAAACCGCAAAUACUACCUCGAUCUGAAGGAAAACCAGCGGGGGAGGUUCCUUAGGAUCCGCCAGACCGUCAACCGCGGGCCCGGUGGGUUUGGCGCCGCGGGAGGCGUGCCCGGGGGGGGCAUGCAAUCCGGGCAAACCAUUGCCCUUCCUGCUCAGGGUCUCAUCGAGUUCCGCGACGCCUUGGCCAAGCUGAUCGAUGACUACGGCGGAGAUGACGAGGAGCUGGUCGGGGGCGGCUUCGCCGGGGGUUACGGUGAGCUUCCCGAGGGCACGUCGAUCACGGUGGACUCCAAGCGGUUCUUCUUCGACGUCGGUUCUAACAAGUACGGGGUGUUUCUGCGGGUGAGCGAGGUGAAGCCCAGUUACAGAAACUCUAUCACGAUUCCCUUCAAAGCGUGGAGCAAGUUCGGGGGAGCUUUCUGCCGCUACGCCGAGGAGAUGAAGGAGAUCCAGGAUCGUCACAGAGAUAAAGUGUACGAGAGGAGAGGGGAAGAGGAAUCGGAGGGGGACGACAUCGACGACGACUGACCCGGACGGGUGUUCCUUUGCCCGGGUGACCCCGCAGAACGAGAGAGAGAGGAAAGAAUUUACAUGCAUGAAACGAAACUUUAAUGCUCAAACUAAGGCGAAUAAAGAUGUUUGACUGAGAAACACUGUCAUGUAUAUGUAAGAGAAUAUCCCGUUUAAAGCAGUAUAGAUGAUGUUUGGUUAGAUACAUGGAUAUUGGAUGCUAGAUGCUCUUGUCAUUUUUAAAGUUCCCCUCUUGCAAAAAAGAAACCCCUUCUUACCCAUUUAACUCAGAGGCUGUUCACAAAUAAGUCAACAUUGAGGACAUUUAGUGUUAGUGUAUCACAAUAUGAUGAUCUAGAUGUUUUGGUGUUUAUGAUGGAGAGCCUACCAGCAUCAUCUGAAUGAUGUAGUGAAUCUCAUAGUUAGUUCAUUCAGGAAGUGUUCUCUGAAAAUAUGUAUGUGUGUAUGUAUAUAAAUAUAUAACUCGGUUAAAAAUGCGUAGAAUUUGGAGGAUUUAGGAGUUAAACUUGUGGACACAGAAUACAGUUCAAACAACAAUGUAAACACAUUCAAAAUGGUGCAAUAAUACAGUGCUCCACCACCUAAGUAUUGAGGUUCAUGUGGGGUGUAAAUUAAUUUUCCUCCUGUUUUUUGUCAGGAUAGAGCAAGUCAAAUCUCUGAUCGGACAUAGGGUGAAUGUAUGUCAUAAGUUGCGGAAUGUGCACAUCGAAAUUGACAUGUAGAUGGGUCAAGCACAAAUGAAGCCGAAGCCACUUAUACGCUCAUAUAUUGGUAAAUUUAUUAUUAAUACUGGGUUCAAUUUAAAGGGAAUGAUGCGUCCACAUUCGACUGGUAGCUUUAUAUCAGUGCAUCUGGUAAAUUGAGCAUGUGGAGUGCUUUGACGGCUUAACUGGAAAGAAAAUAAAAUGUAGAACAACACCCAGCUGGGUUUAAAUAGAUUUAUUUUUAAAAACAAUAAACAGAAUAUAUAUAUAUAUAUAUAUAUAUAUAUAUA